UCACUAAUUGUCAUUGUGGUAGCUCUUCUUUUAAGCCCGUUAAUUGUCAUUGUGGUAGCUAGCUAGAGGUGUCGUCAACUCUGACUCCUGCUUUGUAAUCACCAUACACUAUUUGCGACGAAGAUUACAAAGCCGCAACCACAUCCACAUUUUUUAUUAUUUAUUUCUCUAACUCCCUUUCUUUUAUUUUCUUUUUUCUAGUUACUUAACCAUAUGAUUGACCAGUUCUUGAUGUCCGCCUGAAAAAGAAUGGCUAGGGGCAAAUGUCAAGUUUGGUCACUGUGUUUAUUAAAAUGUAUCCUGUAUCGUCACUGGAAAAAAUUCAUAUCAAUUUUGAUCACUCGAAUUAGUAAAACGAUUCACGUGUAGUCACUCUCUGUUAAUGACGUAGCAGUCAACUUUAAUAGUUGACCGUUCAAUGUCUAACGUGACAAUUAAAAAAUAAAUAAAAAUAAUAUUUGUUUCUUUUAAUAUUUUCACAUCAUUAAUAAUAAUGUAAUGAGAUGUCAAUGGAGGAGGUGAAGGGCUUUGUGAGACUAUCCUCGGCGGAAAUCGAGCAGAAGAGGCCCAAAAACAAGUGCUUUGAUUGUAAUGAGAGGUUCACGUUCGACCAUCAAUGUGCGAAACCGGACUUGAUGAUUCUGGUCGGUCACUGGGAGGACGAGGCGGAGGAUGAAACAACGGCAGGAGGAGGCGCUCCAGAGGUGGAAGUUAAAUCUUGAGGUCAAGGUUUUUCUGAAUAAGGCGGGGAUGGUAGAAACUUGCAUUUAUGCUAUUUCAUUAUUUGAAUUGUUUUGUCGGUUUAUGGUUCUUUAUUACUAGUUGAGAUUAUUUUAAGGGUAAUUUGAGGGAGGCAUCGAUUUGGGGUAGUAUUGAUGAAUUUUCGGAUUACAUAAAUAUUAUUGUAAGUGAGAAUUAUCCACUAAACAAAGAUUAAACCUAAUUAUUAGUUCUGAUUAAAAAAAAAACCUAAUUCAGUUUCCUAAUCACCUCUCUUUCUCUCAUCUCUGGUCUCUGCCGAAAACCUUCUCUCUUCCCACCUAGCUGCUGCCGCCUGCCGCAGCCUCUGUUCUUCCUCACCCCUCAUUUCUCAAACUUCCUUCUUUCUUCUAUCUUCCCCAUCAAACGAGUAGAUCAUCUCCUCGGUGAUCGCUCCAUUUCCCAAAUCCCUAGAGACUCGAAAUCCGGAUUUCUAUCAGUUUCAUUCUUUUCCUAUUUUUGGGAUCUGGGUUCUGAAGAGUUCAUGUUUUCCUUCUUGGGUUUUUUGGAUACUGCUCGGUUUUUUAAUUUAUUUCUUGAAUUAGUAAAAAAAGGACAGUCAGUGAGCGACUGAGCAAGUACAGAAGCAAAAGGAGGGGAAAGCACAGAAAUGGCUCAAAGGUUAGAUUUUAAGGUGCUGAUGGGGAAGGAGAGCAAGAAGGGAGGAGGAACUCCGGUGGUGGUGAAAAUGGAGAACCCAAACUACUCGGUGGUUGAAAUCGACGGCCCAGAUGCUGCAUUGCGGCCUGUGGACAAGAGCAGAGGCAAAAACGCAAAGCAGGUCAGAUGGGUUUUGCUUCUCAAAGCUCACCGUGCCGUCGGCUGCGUGGCCUGGCUCGCCGGUCUCUUCUGGGCAUUGCUUGGAACCAUCAAAAAGCGCCUCUUUUUCAGGGAAGGAGUCACAGUCGCCACUGAGAAGCUCGGCAAAGGGAAGUUGGUCCUUCGAGUCAUCAGGGUUUUCUUAGUCACUUCUCUUGUAAUUCUGGGGUUUGAAGUUGCUGCUUAUCUAAAAGGCUGGCAUUAUUUCGAGGCUUCUGCUGCUGCUGAAUAUCUUCAUCGGAUUCCAAUGGCUGCUCCCAAUUUGCUUCACAUGUUCUAUGUUGCGUGGCUCAAUUUUCGUGCUGAUUACAUCGCUCCCACCAUUCUGGGUCUCUCCAAUUUCUGCGUUGCUCUGUUCCUUGUGCAGUCUGUGGACCGUCUGGUGCUCUGUUUAGGUUGUUUGUGGAUUAAGUUUAAGAAGAUUAAGCCUGAGAUUCGAGGAGGAGAUCCCUUCAAGUCUCCAGAUAUUGAGGCCUUGGAUUAUAAAUGGCCCAUGGUUCUUGUUCAAAUUCCAAUGUGUAACGAGAGAGAGGUGUAUGAUCAGUCGAUCUCUGCAGUUUGUCAGCUCGAUUGGCCGAAAGACAGGAUCUUGAUCCAAGUUCUGGAUGAUUCUGAUGAAGAGGACAUCCAAUGGUUAAUUAGAGGCGAGGUUGAUAAAUGGAGACAAAAGGGGGUCAACAUUAUCUAUAGACAUAGGUUGCUUAGAACUGGUUACAAGGCUGGAAACCUCAAUUCAGCAAUGGGCUGUGAUUAUGUUAAGGACUAUGAGUUUGUUGCAAUUUUCGAUGCUGACUUCCAGCCCAAUCCCGACUACCUCAAGCUGACCGUGCCACAUUUUAAGGACAAUCCUGAACUGGGGCUAGUUCAAGCGAGAUGGUCAUUUGUGAACAAGGAUGAAAAUUUGCUGACUCGUUUACAGAACAUCAAUCUAUGUUUCCACUUUGAGGUUGAACAGCAAGUUAAUAGUGUCUUCAUGAAUUUCUUUGGCUUUAAUGGAACUGCUGGGGUUUGGAGAAUCAAGGCCCUCGAGGAAUCCGGUGGUUGGCUCGAGAGAACAACCGUCGAGGACAUGGACAUUGCUGUUCGUGCUCAUCUCAAUGGCUGGAAAUUCAUCUUCCUGAAUGAUGUCAAGGUUCUCUGUGAACUUCCUGAGUCCUAUGAAGCAUAUAGAAAACAGCAGCAUCGCUGGCACUCCGGUCCAAUGCAGCUUUUCCGCUUGUGUCUUCCUGCAAUAUUAACAUCUAAGAUAGCAUUGUGGAAGAAGGCAAACUUGAUAUUCCUCUUCUUCCUAUUGAGAAAACUAAUCCUGCCAUUCUAUUCCUUCACACUGUUCUGCAUAAUCCUCCCACUAACCAUGUUCGUCCCAGAAGCCGAACUCCCACUGUGGGUCAUCUGUUAUGUCCCCAUCGUAAUGUCGUUCAUGAACAUCGUCCCAGCUCCCAAAUCUUUCCCUUUCAUCGUCCCUUACCUUCUCUUUGAAAACACAAUGUCUGUCACCAAGUUCAACGCGAUGGUCUCUGGGCUGUUCCAGUUGGGAAGCUCUUACGAAUGGGUAGUUACAAAGAAGGCCGGCAGAUCAUCAGAAUCAGACCUACUGGCUGCCGCAGAGAGGGAAUCAAAGACCUCAACAAUUCAGCCACAGUUACAUAGAGGAUCUUCAGAGAGUGAAAUUGGACAGUUGAGUUUACUGAAGGAGAAGGCAGAAGCAGUGCCGAAACCGAAAAAGAAAGUGAACAAACUAUACAGGAAGGAGUUGGCUCUGGCAUUCCUACUGCUCACAGCUUCUGUCAGGAGCUUGCUGUCUGCUCAAGGUGUCCAUUUCUACUUCCUUCUGUUCCAAGGUGUGACAUUUCUCUUGGUGGGUUUGGAUCUUAUAGGUGAGCAAAUGAGAUGAGAGAAGCUUUAGAAGUUGCAUGCAGACAUGAGACAUAAUAUAGGUGCAUGCAUACAAGGCAACCCUUUUUGGCCUACUCUCUGAAGGAUUAUAAUCUUGUUUGGGAAUUAGCAACUUAACAAAAAUAUAGGUGGACAUUUCUCCAUUUAGACCCCAUAUUAAUUUUGAGUACUCUUGGACUCCAUAGCAUAACCACCUACUAUUAGCCAGUUAACAAAUAGCUAAUAUAGAUGUCUGGAAAUCAGCAACACACAUAACAUAGGAAGUAAUCUCCCAACAUCUUAAAUAUCUUAGUUAGAUCCCAUAUGCAAAGUUGAGAACCAGAACAGAGUAGGGAAUUUAGUAUUGCCAUGAGAUUAUUCAAUCUCUCUCUACUGGAUUUGCAGUUGGAGGAUGAGGUCUACAUUUGGACCAUAAAAUCAUCAUAACGACGUCGUUAUACGUGUCGUGCGAUGGAAAUGAUGUAAAGCAAUUUAGCUACGACAUAAAUAUGGUGUUUAGGAUGUGCAUGGCUGAUACCGCCUGAUCAUCCUUAAGCAUUCACAUCAACAUGUACUGUCAUUAUUUUUCUCUUCACACAUUGUCAAUCGUUGAAUUAAUGCAUUGAACCUUGAUCCUACAACUAUGAAUGCACGAGUCGACGAAACAUAGUAAUAGUAUUUGAUAGUAUUUUGCCGACUACCUCCCAACGUGCGUGAGGUUGAUGUGUGCCACGACUAGAACGAGUUUCAGGAUAAGGUUCCAUGGAGCCAAGGCGCUAAGCAUAACUGAACUUGUUUUAGUGCAUAAAGACUCCGACGAAACAGAACGUUGUAAUCAAAACUAUAAUUUUCGGAGUCCUCUGGUCAUGUUAUGCUCUGCCGAUCGUCGAUGCAAUAAGAAAGAAAUAAAGCAAAUCAAGGUCAGAAAGAUAGGACGCAGGAUGUAGAGAAUACUUCGUGCAAGAACUUGUACUACUUGGGAAAGUGAUGUUGCAAGUGAUUUUGACGAAAAACAGCACUAGAAUAUUGCAACGAAACGCUGCCACGAUAUAAAGUGCAUCAACUGCAGACACAGGAACAUAUCCCCCCGCCAUUAUCAAACCAUCUAAACCAACACACUUAACAACGCUACAGUUCUACGGGUCAGGACAUCAGAAGGCCCGUACCUCAAAAGUGCUAAGAACAAAGACUAUAUACCAACUACAAGAUGCAACUCUCGAUCAUCAGCAUUCGGAGACCAGAGAAGUAGACGUAAAGAUCAUGGUGUAUAGCAUCAUCAUCUUCACCACAGAGCAAUACUGUUGGCAGACGAGACAGCAUAGCUGGGUGGACAAAACUGCGUACCACAACACCACAUCAGAGCUACCUGUAUCAGUUUGAACAGGUCAAAGGCUAUCAAUCCAAGAACCGAGGCUCCAGUGAGGCUCGGAUGGUUGAGCCACUUGAAGAUGGAUGGUCUCUUGAAUCAGCUAACGGCGCAGUAGAUUCUCAGUGUAAUACGUCACACUUUUCGACGAGACAGUCCAAAGUCCUUAGCACAUGAUGAGUGAAGAACCACUUCGACACCAAGGCCAACCUUGGAACUGUCAACACUUUGACACACCUUCAAUCAAACAUAAAGACUAUAUAGCGACUAUGCGAUGCCAACCAUCAAUCAUCAGCUUUCAUAGACAAGAGAAGUCGACAUAAAGACCAUGGUGUAUU